GCAAGUAACAUUGUUUGAGGAGCUGCAACUUUUGAAGGAGUUUGAGAAAAGUGAGAAUGUUCUUGCUGCUAAAGUGGAGAGCAAAGAGAAUGAAAAGCAGGAAAUGCUGAUGAAAGUCGUUGACUGUAAAGCCAAGUUGGAUGCUAAGAGGAAGGAUAUUGACCGCCUUCAUGAAAAGGAAAAGGCUUUAUACGCACAGUUCCAAGCUUCUCUCGGAGAAAAUAACAAGUUUGCCGAGUUCUUGACGAAAGUAUUCAAGAAGAAGAUCAAAAGAGCGAAGAAGAAAGCACAGACUGAGGAUGGAGCCUCUGAUGAUGAGAGUGAAGAAAGCUCUGAAGAUGAAUCUGAUUGGUCAAGCGAAGAGGAAGACAGUGAUGAGGAUGGACUAGAUGACUCGGUGUGUCCUCCCGGAUGCGAUCAGGGUCUGUUUGACAACACAUGCGCUCUGCGUGAGAAGCGACUUGACAUCGAAGAGUUGUUAACUGAAGAGAAAAAAACAGCCGAAGUGCUUAAGAAAGAGACCGACACACUAGGUCGCAAACAGAAGAUCAUUGAAAAUGCACUCAAAACAGCUGAGGGUGACUUAGAGGCCUUCCAGGUAUUUGAGGAUUACUUAAUU